ACGGUAUCAGUCUCGGAUUGUCUCUCGUCUCUCAAGACCUUCCCCUACUACCUGGAGGACUUUCACUGUUUUAGUGGCACGUGUGUGAUUUCUACCUUAAGUCAAGGUCAAAUCCCUCAUUCCGUGACAAACCCUAUGGCUGCUUUGAACUCCCCAUUUAUACAUUCAUCUCUGUCGCCUACCAUUUUCCCACCCUCUCAGUCGGUGCUGUGUCUGUGAGAGAUCUUUGCCUACAACUCUCUUUCUGCGUCGGCGAUCUAUUCGGGUCACCAUACUGAAUCUCAAACAUGGCAGAUGGAUUGCAGCAUCCAUCGAUUUUUCAAAAGAUACAUGGGAAGUCUUACCUCGUUUCUAGGUUCUCCCCCAACAUGCACUCUCGGACUUAUGGUGCUUGUGAUGUGUAUGCCAAUGGGGGUAUGCAGAGUUCGCUGCAGCUGGUUUGCCAGGGCACUGGCUUGGCACAUUUCUCAACCAUGUCUCCCGUGUUUGUACCAGCCCCUAAAGAGGAAGGUGCAAAAGGUUUUCUUAUAGAUUUUCUCAUGGGAGGAGUUUCUGCCGCUGUUUCCAAAACAGCAGCUGCUCCUAUUGAACGUGUUAAACUUCUAAUUCAGAAUCAGGAUGAGAUGAUCAAGACUGGUCGAUUAAGAGAACCGUAUAAGGGAAUUAUGGACUGCUUUGGCCGAACUGUUAGGGAAGAAGGUGUCCUUUCACUUUGGAGAGGAAACACUGCUAAUGUUAUCAGAUACUUCCCCACUCAGGCCUUGAACUUUGCUUUCAAGGACUACUUCAAGAAACUCUUCAACUUCAAGAAAGACAAAGAUGGAUACUGGAAGUGGUUUGCUGGUAACUUGGCAUCAGGAGGUGCUGCUGGUGCUUCCUCUCUUUUAUUCGUCUAUUCCCUGGACUAUGCCCGAACACGUCUGGCUAAUGAUGCAAAGUCUGUGAAGAAGGGUGGCGGUGAGAGGCAGUUUAAUGGUUUGAUUGAUGUUUACAAGAAAACCCUUGCAUCUGAUGGCCUUGCUGGGCUUUAUCGUGGAUUUACAAUCUCAUGCGUUGGAAUUAUAGUUUACCGUGGGCUUUAUUUUGGACUCUAUGACUCUUUGAAACCCGUGGUUCUUGUUGGUGGAUUACAGGAUAAUUUCCUUGCUAGUUUCUUGUUGGGAUGGGGAAUCACCAUAAAUGCUGGAUUGGCUUCUUACCCUAUCGAUACCGUACGUAGAAGGAUGAUGAUGACCUCUGGAGAAGCUGUCAAGUAUAAGAGCUCUUUGGAUGCAUUUAGGCAAAUAGUCAAGAAUGAGGGUGCUAAAUCACUCUUCAAGGGUGCUGGUGCAAACAUUUUGCGUGCUGUUGCAGGUGCUGGUGUUCUUGCUGGUUAUGACAAGUUGCAGCUCAUUGUAUUUGGCAAGAAAUAUGGAUCUGGUGGUGGUGGUUAAUAUGGGACGAUUUGUGGUGAUGUUGACGAUGAAUGCCGAUGAUGAUUGUGUUUGUUUCUCUUCAAGCGUUGAAUAAUAUUGGAAGGUCGAUAGGACCCAGUAUUUUAAUUUUUGGGGUGGAUAUUACAAAUUGUAUAUAUGAAGACAUACUAGAAUUUUCCGUUGUUUGGUUUAUUCGCUUGAGCUCGAAGGUGUAACUUUCUGUCUUUCUUUUGGUGAGGAUAAUGGCCAGAACAAUGCUCGGUUGGCAUUAUAACGGAUGCUUAUUAGAUAAUGUUGUAACAGACGGUCUUUUUCUUCCUCUA